AUGAAUAGAUUACCUUAUGAAACUUUUUUUCAAAUCAUAUCUUAUUUAGGGAAUAGAGAUCUUUAUCAGGCUUCUUAUGUUUGUAGAUAUUGGAAUAAAAUAAUCAGACGUUCAAAAUUAUAUGAAACUUUAGAUAUUACCCGCUUUCGUAUUCAACAUAACAAGAUGGUCGAAUUCUUUACGAAUUAUAAAGAAUAUGCAAAUACAGUGAAAAAAAUAAAUGUAGAUUGUAAUGAAGAGAUACAUAUUGAACACAUUAGAAAAUGGCCAUUACUAUUUCCAAAUGUAAAAGAACUUUCUCUCGAUUUUGAAACCUCUGAAUCUGAUUUCGAAGAUGAAGAUAGUUCUGAUCUUUUCUUUCAAGAUAACUAUGGUCCUAUCGGAUUUUUAUUGUCCCUCUUUGAAAGUCAUUCAUUCUUUCCUACUAGAACCGAGAAAAGUUUUUCAAAAUGGAAAAAUUUAAAAUCGGUUACAGAGCGUAAUCGAUACAUGUAUACCGUUUCGAUGCUCAAGUCAAAUGUAUUCAAAAAUUUAAGUUAUCUGAUGCUUAACUUUGAACUUGUUUACUUCUUGUCUUCAAGUAGAGCCUCAACUGAGCUUAUUAGUUCAUUAUCCAAUGCUCCUGCUUUAAAACAUCUAUGUCUUGCUCACGCCUAUAUCAACAUUCAACUCUUGGAGAAAUUACAUUCAAAUACUCCCGUGUUGGAGAUAUUAGAUCUCAAGUAUGCUACCUUGGAUGAUAACUCUCCAUGGGAACUCGAGACAUCUUCUGUAGAACCUGCCUUGUCUAUCAAUCAACUUUGUCUAGAGGAAGUCACGAUGAGAUCAAGUUUUAAAUGGAAAAUAUUGGAUUAUGUCUCAAAGAAAUAUUUGAAUAUGGAACGCAUUCUAUUUAAAUUUUGGCUUGAUGAAAAUCUCUUUAUGGAGAUACCUGUCGACCCACUUAUUGAAGAAAGAAUUGUUUGCAUCGCAAAGAAUUGUAAACAUAUCAAGGAAUUCGAUGUUGAUAUUCACCCAUUUACGAAAAAGAUCUUAGACGCCUUUGAUGAGAUUAACUUGAUGAGAAUCAAGGACUUCUUUUCAAUAUCAAGAAACAUGGAAGAAUUAAUCAAUUUAUCCUAUUCAAAUCAACGGAAUUACAUUGAACAUUUGAAUAUCACUAUCUCUGAUAUAGACAUUGAUUUUCAAAUCAUCAUUCAUCGAUUUACCAACUUGAAGACCAUCAGUCUCUCCUUCUGUCCUCAUCAUCUUGGUCCUGGUCAAGAUCAAGGCUUCGUCAACUUUCCAUUCAAUUCCUUUUUAAAUCAACAUCCAAACGUCAUUCAUUUAAAACUACAUUCUUUCUUUAUCUCAUUGCAUCCCAUCUUUCCACAACCCUAUUAUAAUUUAGAUAGAUUAGAAUUAUAUGGUGCCACUAUACCAGAACCAGCUGAAGAGAAUUUAUCCUACUUGCUACGUUUUAUAUCUCAAUCUUGUCCUAAACUAAAACUCUUUGCUUUAAGUAUUAAAUCUUUAAGACCUAUCAUCAAUCCAGAAGAUAUCUCCAUGGAUCUUUCAAGACAUGAUAUUCAUACUUUAAAUAUCUUUAUAAAGGGUUAUCCAUAUAUUAAACUUCAUGAUCUACAGGGUCAUUGUAUAUGGUAUAGUAUCCGAAAACAACAUAGUAUAGGUAGUGCUGCCUAUAUAAAAUUGAAAGUAGAACCAAGGAAAAGAAGAGCAACUAGAAGCAAUCCUGAUACGGGAACAAUCUCUAUUAAAUGUAAAAAUGUAGAAAAUAUCAUUCUUCCGACCGGUAAUGGUUAUGGUUUUAUUUAUCACUUAUAA